AGCUUGUCUGUGUCUCUUUAACACGAGCAGCGUCUGUUCAGACCUCCGCACAACAACAAACGCGCUUUACGCGGCAGGAAGAGACCCAAGAAGGAGAAAGAAAGAUAUUUAACAUGUAGGUUUUGUCAGCAGACACCUUCGAAAAGUUAACAGUCUGUGGAUAAGAGGAUUUUUUAAAAACGGGACAAAGAGACCGUCGCAUCCAGAUUUUCUCGGCAGACUUUACAGAGCAGAGCAGACUGUCCAACAUACAUGUUUUCCUGCACUCGGAGGUAUGUAGCUGGACUUAUGUAAGUCGGACGACCCCUCCCUGAGUACCAGAGAACAGAGAGACAGAUAGAGAAAGAAAAUCUGCUCACUGGCGUGAGUUCCUGGGAUGCUCGACCGACCUGUACCCCAUGCUUUUCUAAGGCCUCCAGAAGCUGAAGACAGGGUGUCAUUGACAGAGCGAGUGACCCCCCUGAGCUGCCACCAUGGCCCUGGUUCAGGCUCUGCCCAUAUCUGCUGAGCCCCACAACCCAGGCCUCAGUGGAGGAGCCCGCAGACGACGCCCGUCCGGCUCCUCUCCCCCCAUCAACGCACCACCCUCCAGUCUGGAUCCUAUGGGUUCUGUCAGCAGCCUCAUCGCCACCCGCCCAGGCCCCUACCAGGACCCUCGCUCUGGUGUCGAGCUGGGAGCCAGAGUCCGACGGCCCACUCCGGGCGCCUCCUGCCUGGGCUCCGAGUCGCCCCAAGACCCUUUACUGCAGAGACGCACUCCUCCGGUGAAGAAACAGAGCUCCACGACGUCCAGCAGGGGGCUGGAGAAGGAGAGUGGGAACGCGAACUACACCUAUCUGAAUGAGGACUAUGUAGGUGACUGGAAUGACAACCUUGUAACUGCUUCCAGCCCAGGAAGCGAUGCAGACGACACUAAAGGAUCAGGGUUGAAUGGGAACAUGGGGGGACCUCCUCCAAAACUGAUCCCUGUGUCAGGAAAACUUGAGAAGAAUAUGGAGAAAACAGUGCUGCGGCCCACUGCCUUCAAACCUGUCAUUCCCAAGAGCCGUACCUCCAUGCAAUACCUCUCCCCUCGCCAUUGUGCCAACGCAUCAGAAAGCCAAAACAAUCUGAACCUGCUCAGCCCCACACACAGGGAUGUGUCGCCAUCUUGUUCUGAGAAACGCAGCUCGUACAGCGGGGGGCGUAAUGGCGGUGGAGGCAGCAGCCAGUCCUGCUCGCUGUCCGACUCGGGCCGCAACUCCCUCUCCAGCCUGCCGCCUUACAGCAGCGCCGGCUACAGCCUGGCGUCAGGAGAGGCCUCUGCUGGCCAUCUGGAGCCCAUGAAGAGCGCUCCGCCGGUCACCGCACACGGACACUCGAACUCAGACAGCGGGCGCUCAUCUUCCAGUAAGAGUACAGGCUCCGGGUCAAUAAGCGGGCGAGGACAGCCCCUGUCUGACAGCGGGUCUAGCGGGCGCUCACCUGGCCCGGUGGAGGGAUAUGAGGGGGUGGUGAGGGACCUGGAGGAUAAGCUGAGGGAGAGGGAGCUGGAGCUGCAGCAACUCAGAGACAAUCUGGACGAGAAUGAGGCUGCAAUUUGUCAGGUUUAUGAGGAGAAACAGAAGCGCUUUGAGCUGGAGUUGGAGGAGCUGAGGCAGGGUUGUGCCACCAGGAUGCAGGUGGCCUCUCAGAAGGCCCAACGAGCCCAGCAGGUGCUUCAGUUGCAGGUUUAUCAGCUCCAGCAGGAGAAGAAGAAGCUGCAGGAGGACUUUGCUCAGCUUCUGAAGGAGAGGGAGCAGCUGGAGGAGCGCUGCACCUCCUAUGAGCAUGAGAAGAUCCAGCUGGGACCUCGUCUGGAGGAGACUAAGUGGGAGGUCUGCCAGAAGUCGGGGGAAAUCUCCUUGUUGAAGCAGCAGCUGAAGGAGGUGCAGGGAGAGUUAGCCCAGCGUGUUGGGGAGAUCGUUUCGCUGCGGGGUCAACUCAGAGAGACUCGUGGUGAGCUGACAAACACCCAGGUCCUUCUUCAGGAGGCAAACGGCACAACUCGCACACGAACGCUGGAGCUGGAGGUGUGUGAAAACGAGCUUCAGCGCCGCAAGAGCGAAGCGGAGCUGCUCAGAGAGAAGGUAGGGCGCCUUGAGGGAGAGUUGGUUCAUCUCAGAGAUGCUUUGGCCAAUCAGGGUCCAGGAAACAGACAGUGUCAGGUGUUCCAGGAGGCGGAGGAGCAGCUGCUAGCCUAUGAGAGUGAUGAGGCAAAAGCUCAGCGGCAGAGCAACACUGACGCUCUGCAGAACAUGAAGGUGCAGAUGGACAGGAUGAGGACGGAGCUGGCCUUCGAGCGCCAGCGGGCCGAGCAGCAGUCGGGAAGCUUUGAGGAGGAGCGCAGGAUAUGGCAGGAGGAGAAGGACAAAGUCAUCCGCUACCAGAAACAGCUGCAGCAGAACUAUGUGCAGAUGUAUCGCAGGAACCGAGAGCUGGAGCAGCUCCUGCAGGAGCUCAGUCACGAACUGGAGAGCAGAGAGGAGGACGAGGGCAGCGGCAACGAGAUCAACUUUGACGAGAUUGCCGCCACAGAAAUUUGACCCUCGUAUCUCUCCAUCUUUUUGAUUUGCACUACUGUCUACUAAAGUCUUUUUUUUUUCACUUACACGUCAUAGAUGUGGUGUCUAACGUGCUGUCUGGAUAAAAACAGUCUGUUGAGAUGACAAACACGCAGAUUGGUAUCACAAAUGUAAAAAGAACACCCGCAGUGUAAAAUCAGCUUCACUUUGGUUCUGCCUCAUUGGUCUUUUCUCCAAGGAGUCUCACUUGGAAGCCAAUGACCUCUAUUAGUCGUUAGUAGGCCAUCUCAGUCCUCUGCCCCUCCAUUAAUGUCUGUCUUAGUGUUUGCACUAAUAAGGAAUCAGCCUCCUGGUCCUCCUUCCCAGUUUUAGGCCUUUUGUGGGAGAUUUGUUGUGUAUGAGUACCUUCACUCAACCUUUCAAGAUCCUCCUCUUCUGUGUUAUGACUCCACCUUCCCUGCUGGGUUUAACGCUACACUCCUACUCUGUGUUAGCAGUCAGCUCUCAUUAGUACCGUUAAUUUAAAUGGAGCCCACGCUGUUGUCAGUAAACGUGGGAUACCAGACUUUCAGUUAACUAUGAUGAGCGUGAGUGAAUCGGAGCGGGGUGCUAAUGACGGUGGAUGCAUUAUGGGUGACGUUAUGACCAAGGGACAGUAGAAGGCUCUUCUGUUGUUACAGUACUUUGUUCAUUAUCGGUUGUCCUGUAGUUCUGGUUGGAGUUUGGUGAAAAAACAAGAGAAAAAAUCAAAAUUUCUAACCAUAUUUGGCACAGAUGUGAUGUUUUCUUAACUGUGAGAGCAGACAGAAUGAAAUAUUUCUGGAGUCUGAUAUUCAGUCCUGUUUGUGUCUGAACAGGGAAACAAAGUUUAAGCCUCAUUAAACUGUAUUAAAGGUGGAAAAAUGAUCAUGAACAUCUGUACAGUCUAAUGUAAUUAAACACAAUAACAGCUGGAACAAAUGCUACCUUAACACCUUACAUCCAGUGCACAUAUAAGCCAUAUCGGCUUCCCCUUCCUGCACACACACACACAAAGUUGGUAUAGUUUCAUUUUACAGGUCAAUUUUAUAUUAAUUUCCUGGAAAUUUUAAUGGUUAAAUUUUUAGGACAUUUUACAGAGAGAUUGUUGCAAUUUGGUAGAAAUGAUUAUAAACAAAAACUGAAAAAAGUGUUAAGUUGGUUUAGUUUCAUCAUAUUUGGGUUCAUAAAUAACCCUAACUCAUAAAUAAUUGUUAAUUUGCAAAAACUCUAAUAAAUGAGACUCUUAACAACUCUUUAACAGACAGAAAAUACUUGGUUUUGAGUGUGUAGUUUUGUUUGUCAAACUACAUAUUAGCAUAUAAAGUUGUUACUUGAAAACUAUAAUUACUUUUAAAGAAAUGUCUUAUGAAUUAGGCAGAUGGCUGCCCACCAAGAGCCUGGUUCUGAUAAAUGUUUCUUCCCGGUAAAGGGGACUUUUUCCUUGCUGUUAUCGCCAAGUGCUUGCUCAUGGGGGAAUGUCUGGGAACGGUUAAAUAACUUGCAAAUUAUAAAUUAAAUUACAAAAAAAAAACUUGAAAAUUUCCAGGAAAUUAGUAUAAAAUUAAAGAAUCUGUAAAAUUAAGUAUUCCCGAAAAGCUUCGUCAAACUGUUGUCUGAUUGAAUUACAUCACUUUUCCUGUCAUGUAGAAGAGGGUGAUGUGGCUAAAAUCUUCUGACAUGAUAUAUGGCAGCAUUAAUAUACUGGUAUAUUGUGAUUAAGAUGUUAUUUAAGGAUAAAAUAAAGUCUGUUUUUGGUUAAUACAGCAAACUGAAUAUCCAGCAAAUGAAGAAACUUGAUCACAUUGAUGCCAAAAUCAUGUUGCCAUAAAGCAGUCCGGAUUUCUGUCACUGCUCCCUUUUUAAAACUUCUACUUAGUUACGAUCAGAAACGUACAACACUUUGAACCCUAAUUAGCUCCUCAUGUACCUGGUCAGGUGUCUGACGAAGAGCCGAACGAGGCUUAAAACAUUGUACAGAGUUACAGUUUUUUAGGAUUAAGCUGUAGAACAAGAAAGAUGUGUGGACAGUUGGUCUGACUUACCCAGAGAUAUUAAAAGGGAUAACUACCACUUCUUAAACGGUAUGACAAAUGUGCAUCAUCUCAUGGUAUAUAUAUCCAACCCUUUGCUGUUGGAAGUAAUGAAAUGUACAUACAAUUUCAGAAAAGUGUCGUUACUAAAGCACAACCACGACUGUUCUUGUAUCUGAUAUUUAGAGAAAAUACUGUUUCUCUUUGAUUGCUGUGAUGCAUUACUGAGAUGUGUGUAUUACAUCACUAAAAGAGGGAAAAUCAUGCACUGAAUGAUAGGUGUUUUGGUGUAAAGUCAAACUACUCCAUUUCCAACAAUCUUUUUAAAAGGAUAGGAUGUGUUUGAUGUGUAUUUACUUCCCUGUACAGUUCAAAGGCACACUCAUUACCCACCAGAAGACACUUUUUCUUCUAUUACUGCUGAUUGAAUCAUCAUCCACUGUAAAUAACCCCCUAGAUACUGACAAAUCAUACAUGAUAAAGUGUAAGUUUUCUUCCAGAGAUGUCUGUUAAUCUCAAAAAAAUAAAAAACAUAGCCACUGUGAAUAGACCAAAGCAAUGUCGCACAUUAUAUUUUGCUCCUCCAGUACAGUUCCUGUAUAUUAACGUACGUGUGGAUGUUUGUUCUGGUUCCUCAGUAUAAUUUUAUAAUCCACAAUAUUUGUAUGAAGACAUUAAAUGUAUAUUUUCAUGCUGUACAUUUCUUGAACAAACCUACUAUGUUUUUAAUUAAAAAAAGACAAAAUGUAA